GAAAGGGAGGUGGAAAAUUUUAAUUCUCUGAAGCUUUUGAAAGCUACGAUCUUUUAAUUUGACCAGAAGAACAUGAACAUUUCACAACUGGGUCCAUUUUAUUCUCCUAUAUGAUCUUACACUGUCGAUCAAAACAGGAAUCAAAUCAUCAUGGCCGACCAAAACAAGCAACGGCUCUCUGUUUCAUUUGCAAGUUCAUGUGUGUUCGUGUUCUUGCUUCUUCUUUCUUCCUUCGAAUCCAUGGAAGGUUCAGCCAUGGAAGCUCAAGCUCUUCUCCGAUGGAAGCGAAGCCUCCCACCACAAAAGGUUUUAGAUUCAUGGGUCGAAGCUUUAAACUCAAGCUCCUCUGUUUCAGCUCCAUGUCAAUGGCGGGGUAUCACAUGCAACGAACAGAGCAGCGUCAUUGAUAUCAAAUUAGACAACACUGGCUUAAUGGGUACUCUCGAUCACUUGAACUUCUCUUCUUUUCCUAAUCUCCUCCGUCUCGAUCUCAAAAUCAACAAUCUCUCUGGUGUAAUUCCUUCCUCCAUUGGAGCUCUUUCAAAGCUCCAAUUUCUUGAUCUUUCCACCAAUUAUCUCAACAGUACUCUGCCUCUUUCACUUGCAAAUCUCACCAACGUUUUUGAGCUUGAUGUUUCUCGUAAUUUCAUUACUGGGUCUUUGGAUUCUCGUCUUUUCCCAGAUGGGUCUGGUAAUUCAAGAACUGGGUUGAAGAGUUUGAGGAAUUUCUUGCUUCAAGAUACUCUGCUUCGAGGCAGAGUACCAGAGGAGAUUGGUAAUAUCAAGACUUUGAACUUGAUUGCUUUCGACAGAAGUCAAUUUUCUGGUCCAAUUCCUCAAUCUUUGGGGAAUCUAAGUAAUCUAAACGUUCUUCGUCUCAAUGAAAAUCAUUUUUCAGGACAAAUUCCAAAAAGUAUAGCAAAUUUGAAGAACUUAACUGAUUUACGUUUGUUCACCAACAAUUUAUCUGGUAAAUUGCCACAAAAUUUGGGAAAUUCAUCAUCUUUGAGUGUUCUUCAUCUUGCUGAAAACAAUUUCAUUGGUAAUUUGCCUCCACAAGUGUGUAAAGGAGGAAAACUUGUUAAUUUCUCAGCUGCUUACAAUAGUUUUUCAGGCCCUGUUCCUUCGAGCCUGCAAAACUGUUCUAGUUUAUUCCGGGUUUUGAUCCAAAACAAUAGCUUAACAGGAUUGUUAGAUCAAGCUUUUGGAGUGUAUCCAAGCCUUAAUUACAUUGAUUUGAGCUACAAUCAAUUGAAAGGAACCCUCUCUCCCAAUUGGGGAGAUUGCAAAAAGUUAACCCUUUUAAGGAUCACUGGGAAUCAAGUAAAUGGUGAAAUCCCAGAAGAGAUUCUUGGGUUGAAGAACUUAGCAGAACUUGAACUCUCAUACAACAAUCUCUCUGGAUCGAUACCGAAACGUAUCGGAAACUUGUCGAAACUACUGAUACUCGGACUACGUCGUAAUCGGCUAUCUGGGUCGAUUCCUAUAGGGAUAGGAAGCAUUGGCAAUCUAGCAAGUCUUGAUCUUUCCAUGAAUGUGUUGAGUGGAUCCAUUCCUUAUGAACUUGGUGAGUGUUCUAGGCUGCAAUAUUUAAGCUUGAGCAGGAAUCAGCUAAAUGGGUCAAUCCCAUUUAGCAUUGGAAAGCUUGCAGCCUUGCAGAUAUUGCUUGAUUUGAGUUACAAUUCAUUGAGUGAAGAACUUCCUUACACUUUGGGGAAUCUAAAAAGCUUAGAGAAUUUGAGUUUAUCUCAUAACAAUCUCUCUGGUUCUGUCCCAAAUUCAUUAGCCACCAUGGUGAGUUUGAUAUCCAUUGAUCUUUCAUUCAACAACUUAGAGGGCCCUCUUCCUGAUGGAGGCAUCUUUAGCAGAGCUGAAGCAGCUGCAUUCAGUAACAACAAAGGUUUAUGUUCAAACGAUAUCGUGGGGUUGCCGAGCUGCAACGACCACGAGAACGACGACGGAGACACUACAAAGAAGAAGCUCGUAGCGAUUCUUGUUCCUACUAUAGUCGGAGCUGCAUUGGUUUCUUUAGUACUCUUUGGAAUUGUUAGUUAUAUCCUUCGAAAGAGAACCAAGCGUGUCUCGGAUAGUAAUACGACGGUUCGAGACAUAUGGUACUUCUUCAAUGGUAAAGUUACGUAUUCGGAGAUAAUUGAAGCUAGUAAGGAUUUUGAUGAUGAGUACUGCAUAGGGGAGGGAGGUUCGGGCAAGGUUUACAAAGUCGAAACGUCCGACCGUGCCGUAUAUGCAGUGAAGAAGCUACAUGAUUCGUGGGACGACGACGACGACAUGACGAUGCAGAAUUCGAAGAAGUUUCGAAAUGAAGCAAGAGGUUUAACAGAAAUAAAGCAUGGGAACAUAGUGAGGCUCUUGGGAUUUUGUUGUACAAAAGUUCAUACAUUCUUGGUUUAUGAGUAUAUCAACAGAGGCAGCUUAGCUCAUAUAUUGAGUGAUGCAAAAGAAGCAAUGGAGCUAGAUUGGUCCAAGAGAAUCCGGGCGGUGAAAGGCACGGCUCGAGCGCUAUCUUAUCUGCAUCACUAUUGCAUCCCUCCGAUCAUACAUCGAAACAUAACGAGCAAGAACAUCUUACUCGACUCGAGAUAUGAAGCUCGUGUUUCGGAUUUCGGGACUGCAAGAUUUAUGAACACCGAUGCGUCGAAUUGCAUAGCAGUUGCAGGCACAACUGGCUACAUUGCUCCAGAGCUUGCAUACACAACGGUGGUGACGGAAAAAUGUGACGUCUAUAGCUUUGGUGUUUUGGCGCUCGAAGUUUUAGCAGGAACGCAUCCUGGAGAUAUCAUUUUUGCUUUGCAAUCUUCGUCUGAUAACAAUAUUGAUCUUAAAGAUGUUCUAGAUUUUCGUUUGCCGUUUCCUCAAACGCAAAAGAUCGUCGACGACUUAUGUUUGAUAAUGAAUGUAGUGAUCUCGUGCGUGCAAACGGACCCGUCGUCACGACCAACAAUGUCGAAUGUGAACUGGUUGCUGGAAGUGCAGGGUGCAGUUGGUUAAUGUCAUAGACUCCAUGAGGACUGUGUUUUUGU